UCUUCUCAAAUUGUCUGUGCUAUCUGGGCGUCGAAAUUCUAGUGAUCUGCGUAGAAGAUGCAGCAGCUCAUACACCAUCCGAGCAAUUUUGCUCAGCAUAUAUCCUGUGCCACGGCCAAUAUGGCUGAAGAAAGGAUCAUACACCAUCGGAGCCACCCGGGGCAUUGGCUCAGCCUUUUCAAAUAUAAAAGAGAGUUUAGAUGCAAAGAUUGCGGAGAGGAAGGGCGCGGUAACGGGUAUGGGUGCGCUGUUUGCAAUUUUGAUCUGCAUAUAUCCUGUGCCACAGUUAAUAUGAUAGAAAGAAAGCAGGACAUACAGCAUCCGAUCGACCCAGGGCAUUGGCUCAGCUAUGUUCAAUAUCCACGUGGUUUUAUUUGCAACGGUUGCGGAGAGAAAGGGCGCGGUAAUGGGUAUGGAUGUGCUGUUUGCAAUUUUGAUCUGCAUAUAACCUGUGCCAUGGUUAAUAUGGCUGAAGAAGGGGGCAUACAGCAUCCAAGCCACGCAGAGCACCGCCUCAGCUUUUUUAAAUAUAAAACUGAGUUUAAAUGCGACAGUUGCGGAGAGAAAGGACGCGGGAACGGGUAUGGAUGCGCUGCUUGUGAAUUUGAUAUGCAUAUAUCUUGUGCCACGAACAGUACGGCUGAACAAAGGCAGGUCAUAGAGCAUCCGAUCAACAAAGAGCAUAACCUCAGCUAUGUUCGAUAUCCAAGGGGUUUUAUUUGCAAUGGUUGCGGAGAGAAAGGGCACGGGAACGGGUAUGGGUGUGCUGUUUGCAAUAUUGAUCUGCAUAUAUCCUGUGCCACAGUUAAUAUGGCUGAACAAAGGCAGCCCAUACAGCAUCCGAGCCACUCUGGGCAUUGCCUUAGCCAUGUUCGAUAUCCAGUUGGGUUUAAAUGCGAUGGUUGCGGAGAGUAUAUACAUGGGAACGGGUAUAGAUGCGGUGCUUGCAAUUUUGAUCUGCAUGAAUGCUGCGCCACGGCUCGCCCGCAACCAGACAGAAAUGAUCGUCAUCGUAGCGGUCGCUCAAUGGCUUUACGCGGUGGACUGUUUCUUGGAAAGCUGGCCUUUGGAGCCUUUACGGGAGACCCCACAAGUAUUGCAGAAGCCUUCACUGACUUGUUUUCAUCUGAUUAAGUGGGAGAUUUUUCAAGUAAAAAAACAAAUGUUUAUAUGAAAAUCAGAUAUUAUCUUGUAUUUGGAAGGGUAUAAAAAGAAGGGAAGAAGAAAUUAUGGAAAAGAUAUUAAUUGAAUUUUUGGAGAGCAAAACAAGAAAAAAAAAAAAGUAUUUUUUUAAAGUCUUUUACUUGUUAUUUGUUUGAAAAAAUAAUAGAAACUUAUUAAA